AUGUUAGUAGAGGAAGGUUUGGAAGAGAACCUCCAUUGGCCCCAACAUUUGUUUAUGAUCCAAAUGUUUUACAAAGUCGUUAUGGCUUUAAUGGAAUACUUUCACAAUUUUUACCUAAUGGACAAUUACAACGUUUUGGGACUGGAAUAG